AUGGACCCUUUGCCGCCGCCCUUGGUCUUGGAUGCCCAAAGCAGUGGCGCUACCUUUGAAUGGGAGGCUCUUACUUCGCUUCCUUUUGAUGAUUGGGAACAUGGUAAGCUUACCUCAGGAGUUCGUGAAUGGGUGCAGAAGGCGUCCAAUUUUUUAUGGAGUCCUGAUGAUGAGCAUUUUAUUCAACCUCAGUAUACAACGGCUGUCUUGCGUCUGAUGCGCGUAAUUGCCACAACAUGUUCACGGGACUUAGAUCGUCUUAAUGAAGAGAGGGUAGAGUUGGAGCGUUCUGUCGCCUCAGCGCGUGAGGCGGAGGAGACGUUUCGGGCUCGUGCAGACCUUCUGCAGAGCGAAAGUAAUCAGCUCCGUGCAAUGUUGGAGCAGAAGGAGGGGGGCCAAAGUGAAACCGAAGGUGUGGUUUCCCCGCAUCACCAUAAAUCUGCGAUGCGAGGGGCACGUGAUGCGAGACGUUUGAAGGAGGAAUUGGAAAAGUCAACGCGAGAUGUGGACCGCCUGCGGCGAGAAAACAAGGAGCUGCAGCAGGCUCUCCAACAACGUAAUGCUGUUAAGACACAAGCUGAGAGAGAGGAUGAAAAGUUUCGUCUCGAGUACAAGCACCUUGUUGCAAAAUACAAGCGACUCGUAGAAAAGUCUGAAAAGACGGAGGAGAUGCUGCGAGAAUACCAGCGUUCAGAGAAGUCGAAGCGGCAUGAUGAAGAAAGUGAACUGCACCGUCUGCGGCAGAAGGUGCGGACUCUGCAAAAAGAUAACUAUGACCUUAUUCAGUCACGUGACCGCGCAGAGGAACUUUGUGAGCGACGGGAGUCAGAAGCGCUGCGGGACAUGACGGAGCUUCAGCAGCUGCAUCGUGACAUCGUCGAUGAGGAGAAGCAGCGAUGCCAAACUUUAACGGAGGAGCUGCAGCGUGUUCAGCGUGAGGCAGAUCGCCAUGUUGAAGAAUCCGUCUAUAGUCUACAGCAGAUGCUAAAAGAAGCCGAAGAGGAGAACAAUGCGCUGCGUCGGAAGUUGGAGCGUCAUGCUACAUCUUCUAAGAUUUACCAGGAUGAAAUAACUGAGGAUAGUGACGCCGCUGUGCGUACCGUUUUAUCGGCUAGCGGGAGCUUUUUAUCUUUUCCGGCUAAUUCCUCCCCUCGGUCCAAGAUGGGAUGUGAUAGCCGUACCAUGGAGAGGCUCGUAGUGGAACGACAACGCCUUCAGCAAGAGAACGAUCGUCUGUCAACAGAAUUGCAACAGAUGGAAGUUCGCGCAGAGGCACGGGAUGCGGAGAACAACAAGAUCCAACGCCUCCUCAAGGAAUACGAGCGCGGUGAUGAGGGUAUUCGCCGUCUCCGAAACGAACUCGUUGAAUCCAACCGAUCGAUGGAGCUUCUUCAGGAAGAAAACGCGCAGCUGCGAGAAAGGCUAAACGCGAUGGAGGACUCCUUAACCUUUUCUACCGCACUACAGGAGUUGUGCGUACGUAUUGGCGUCACACAAGAGGAAAUUGAUCGUCUGCGUCCCAAGAACUCAUCAUUAUUCAGCGAGGUAGGAAUGCUGCGGGAGGAGGUCGCCACGCUAAAGGAUGAGGUUGAGUGGCUUGAAAAGGAGCGGCGUCAUUGGAUGGACAAGGUCCGCCUGCAGCCACUGCUUGACACGAAGCUUCGGCUCGAGUUGGGCCUUUCACCCGAACAACUAAAGCAGCUUGACCACGUAGUGGAUCAGAUGAAGUCUGGGAGACACAUCGUUGAGGAGGACGAGGGAAAUUACAGGGAAAAAUACUUCCAAGAGCUGCAGCUCCGCCGGAAGGAGAUGGAACACUUUAAUGACUUUGUCAGGCAGAGGAUUGAAGAGGCCCUGCGAGAGGCGCUCGGAAAGACAGACUUUAGUUCUGCCCCAGAUGCGACUUCAGCGCUGCAGAUUCUGCGGGAUCGCGUUGACCUUAUUACUGUGCAGCCAAAUAUGGAAACCGGACACGAGGCGCCGAGUGACGCAGUGCGUCUGCGGGAGCAGCUGAGAAGUGCACUUCAGCUACUGGAGCAGUCGGAACUUACCAUCAAAGAUAACGCAACAUCACAGGUAGUGCUGCGGGAGCAACUGGCUGCUGUAACAGCGGAGCGGGAUGUGCUGAUGGACGAGCGUGAUAAGUACCGCACCGCCGUUUUUGACGCACUCGGUGUCUCAAUGCCCCCUCCUCCGACUGAAGAGCAGCGUGGACAAGAAGCUGUGGAGGGACUGUUCUCUGCCACGGUAAGUGACGCCCCAUCUCAGACGUUAUCGCAGGCGUUGCGGUGUGAAAACACGGAUGCUAUGCGGUCAGGUCCGCUCCUCUCCAUUUCACGUACUUUUGAGGAGCAGCUGCGUAUCAAGGAUGAACUCAUCGCCUCUUUAAAGAACGCCGUCGAGAGCGUGAGGGAAGAAGCGGCGCAACACCGUGAGGCAGAGGCAAAGGCCACACGGCGUUUACAGGAGACAUCUGCGCUGCAGGAAGAUUUGCGUAACCAGGUCUUGGCCACUCAGCAAAUCAACGAGGAGCUCAACGGGAAGCUAGUGGAGCAGCAGAAGAUACUGGAGGACCUGCAGGAUGCAAUGCGCCGCAUAGAUUCCGGCAACACGCGAGAGCUCCUUCAAAAGAUUGUCGUGCUUAGGCAGCGUGAAGGCAAACUUUUACAGCGUUUGCGUUGCGUGAUGGAGACACAAGAAGAGGCGUCGCGGUCGGAGCAGGCCAUGCGGGAAUAUGUGAACACCACCUUUACUUCCCUCAAAGGCGCACUAGAGAACACGUCGACCGGAUUUGUUCUUCAGCGGUCUUCUAAAGGUACAUGUGUAGAGAGUGGCAUUCUCGAGGAAAUGCAGCAGCGACUUGAUAGUGCGCUGCGUGGCAAGCUCUUCAAGGAGGACAGCACAUACCUUCUUCAGCUUAGGCAGACCUACCAUUACAUGGAACAGGUGGAGGAGCUAAGUUCCCUACGAAAAGAUCUGAAGAUUCGACAGAAGCAGAUGUCUGAGAUGGAGAUUGAAUUGGGUGAGCUGCGCAUCGAGUUGGACCGCUCACGAAAGCUACAAGAUGCAUCAUCAGGGGUUCACAUUGGCGAUCCUUCGCAGGCUGCAAAAUUUGAGACAGAAGCCACAACCUGGCGGCAGAAGUGCAGCCUUUAUAUGAAGCGCUACGAGGACAAGGAACGGGAAGUCUCUACGCUUGAAGCCGAACUUGAGGAUACUCGAGGAGAAUUGGCACUUCUGCAAGAGCACUUGCACAACGGUUUUGGGGGCAAGGCGGGGCUUACAACGACAACCAGAGUGGCGAUGACAGCACCGCUCCAGAAGCAAGAACAAGAACAGGAACACGAACAAAAACUAAACGAAGAAGAAGAACAACAACAACAACAAUUACAGUCUUUGCCAGCCGAGGCAAAUGAUGCGGGUGACAGAGUUCAGCAGCUCGAGCGCGAUGUUGCCCGCCUCAAGUCUAUCAACCUUGGUCUCCUGCACCAUUCUAUGGAUUUGCAGGGCGACUGCAAGCGCCUCAGUAUCCAGUUGGAGGCAACGAAGCAGGAGCUCUCUCUGGUGCGUGAUGCGGGAGACUCUCGAACGGUGAGUGAUUUUGUUUCCGCCGCCAUUCGUCAGCAUGCAGCACUGCGCCGCCAGAGCGAGUUGGCGCUUCUUAGGGCCAAACGGGCUCGAAUGCAGCUAUGCGCCACGGAGGCAAAUCUGCGUGUGACCGCAAACGAGGCGACGACGUACAAGCUAAGUGCCUUCCGCCUCUACCGGAAGUACGUUGCACAAAUGGUUUCUGUGCUGGACUACGUUCGCUCUGUGCAACGCGACCUCAAAGGCUUCUUGUCCCCGCACCGUGCAGAGAUAAUGCACUUGCGUCUUCUCGAUGUCACCGCGGAUCUUGAGCGUGGCCAGGUCCGUCAAAAUGAGUUGGCAGCCCAACUCGCCAAAAGCAACGGAAUGGUGAGCCUUCUGCAACAGCAACUGGAUCUGGCCAAAACGAAGGAUGAAGAUGAGCAUGCGGAUGCACUUCACUCUAAGCUGCUCGCUUCCCUUUCUGCUGUGCGUGAGAAGGACGCGCAGCUUGCCGAGUUACGAGAGGACCAAUGCUACAUCCAGCAGAAACUAAAGAGGGCUGAGGUGUACUCACAGCAACUGACAGAGGAAGUGACACGUCUGGAGUUACGAGCUUCAGGCGUUGCCUCUCUGGACGAAGACGUCGUGCAGAAACUUCUUCAGCUGCAAGAAACGGUCUUUGCGAAGGCGGAGUCCCCAGCAGUUGUCAUUCAACCAAGCGGGGUUGGUCCACAAUACAUGGAUGAUGCAGGCACCGACACCGCCAUUCGCGAGUACAAGCAAGCACUGGAUAAGCAGGCGGAAUUGACAAGGGAGUGUGCCUCGCUCAAGAAGCGGCUUGGUGACGAAGCAACGGAAUGCCGAAAGGCCCAAGCCGUUACAGACACUUUGAAGGAAGAGGUGAAUCGCCUACAGGAGCGUUUACAGUACGUUCAGCGGCAGCUGGAGGAAGAGCGGCAAAAGGCAGAGGAGCGCGAGCGUCGGGUGAUACGGUCGCAUGAGGCACAGGCAGAAGUUGCACACCGUGCGGCGGAGCACAACAGUCAAUGUCUCCGGGAAAUGCUGCACAACAAGGAGGGGCGCAUUAAACAACUACAGGAACAGCUUCAGGCGGAACGGAGAAAAUACCUUGAGUAUCAGCUGGAGGAGGCUGCGCGGAUGGAACGGCUGCAUGAUCACCUUUUCAAGGAGAACAACGCUAUGGUGGAACGUUUCCGCGAGGCGAUCAGCGGUGUGGCGGAGAACUACACAUUCACCAACACGGCCCAAGGUGCGGGUGUGGUGCCGCCCGACGGGGUGGCGGAGCAACUUGCGCUGCUCACGAGGGAGACGUUGCGUCUCAAGUCUGAGCUGAAGGAUGCGCGUGCGACGAAUAUAAUGCUGGAGGGGCAACUCAAUGAGCAGGUCGCCAAGGCGCAGCCGCAGUUUCUGAUCUCUCACCAAGGUGGCCACCAAACGCAGCAGGGAAUGCCGGCGGUGGAGGCUUCUGUCGUUGGUGUUGUCAAUGACCAAAAUGCAAUCAUAGAGAGCCUGCGGCAGCGGGAGUUCAGUUUAACUCGUGAGCUGCAGCGUGGCAUAAGUGAAAGAGAGGUUCUUGAGAAACAGUUGAAUGAGCUUCGCCACGUUGUUGUAGAGCAAGGUGGCGUGCUGAAGAGCGCAGCCGUUGCGGGGACAACAACGACGACACUGGGGUCAGUGGUGGAGCAGGAACUGCGGGCGCAGCUGACAUUUGUAGAGAGUCAACUCUCGGAGGCGCGGGUGCAGCUGGAGGAAGAGCGGCAGAAUACGCGUCGACUGCAGGCCGACACUACCCAAUGGCGCGCGCAUCUCGACGCGCUGCGCGAGGAGGUUGUGGCGCAACAGGCCGACGUGGAGCGAGCGCGGCGGCUCGUCGCGAUGAAUGACAGUCUUAACGCCGAUAUUCGUCUUGUGGAAGAGCAGAAUGAAAAGCUGAUCAUGGCUACGAACAUGCUCAAGCAGCGGCUAGUCGAGGAGGCCCAACAGCGUGGAGACGCCUCGCGUAAACACCAGCAUGAGCUAGCAUUGGCGCAGCGCAUGGGGUCCAUUCAACUGGAGUCGACGGAGCAACUGAAGGCUGUCACUGAGCGGCUGCGGUCGAUUCAGUGUGAGCUCGAAGAGAAGGUGCGCCGCGAGGAGGAGGCACUCAAGAAGCACGAGGAGGCACAGCGGAUGGCCUACGAACUGCAUCGACAACUGCAAGAAAGGGAGCAGGAGAUACUGCGACUCAAACGUGAGUUGGCUUCGUGUGGGUCGCCGUCUAACCGGGGUGUCACGAGGGGUGGCCGAGAGAAAGGGACACAGGUGCUGCAGUCAACUUCCCAGGAGGAAACAAAAAGCUCCAAUGAUCUGAAAGUGCCUGCAGAGGCAGCAGAGCCGGCGAUUGCCACUACCGGUGGUCUCCCAAAAGAGCAGCAGCCAAAGCAACAACAACAACAGCAACACCAGCAGCAUGAGAAGCAACGUCCUCGCUCUGCCGUGGUGCAGUCACCUAUGCGCGCCCUACUAACUGAUGUCGACGCUAAUGCCCUUGCCCAGCCGCAGAUAGCAGCAUUGCUUAGACGUGAAGUGGAAAAGGCACAACGCGACAACCUGCACGAAAUUUCUUCGCUGCGCGCCCUCACCCAUCGCCUGGAGAGCGAUCUGCAGGAGGCCCGCGAUCAUCUACGUGGGGAGCGUGAGACCAGUCGCUCUCUUCGGGUACAGAUGCAGAAUGCCCAGCGUGAGCUUGAAGCAAAGGAACUCGCCAUUACCCGAGAGUAUGCAGAUCGGCAGCAGCGCCCUGAGGAAUCUCGGCAGGUAGUUGCCGAAACAGAGAAACCGCCAGCCACAAGUGUUGACGCCAAUGCUGUUAGGCUUACUGUACCGCAAGGAGCAGUAGGUUCAAAGUUGCAUAACCACCUGCAGCGACUAAGGGAGGAAAAUGAGCAACUGAAACGACAGGUGGAAAGGCUGAAGAAACGUGUGGCGGCGUUUGACGAUGUGGCUGGAGAGGCAGAACGAUACAAAACGGAACUUGCGGAUCUGCGCUGCCGGCAGAAAGAGUCAGUGGAACCAAUUCAUGUUGCCUCCCCCCUUGAUAUACGUCACCAUAAACGAACGGUUCUUCGCCUGGAGAAUACAAUUGAUGAACUGAAGCGGGAGGUGAGUGUUACUAAGGAGGCACAGCUGCGCAAUCUCCAGCGACGCAUAGAUGAUCUGACUGGCGAUAAUAAACGCCUGACUGCAGAGUUAAGCCGCUAUCAAGCAGCUACUGCAGUCAUGCCGAGCUCAGUUCCGCUCAGGACGGAGAAAAUAAUUGACCAGUCAGCUUUGGAACGGGAGCUGCUUGAGAAGAACAGCACCAUUCUUGACCUGCGCUUUGAACAGGAGACUCUUCAACUGAAGGUUGGACGCUUGGAGCGGCACAUCCAGGAUAUACUUCAGGUGGACUCUACAAACACGAACCGCACAGGAACUUUUAAGCAACGGGGUCGCGUGGAGGCAUUGGAAUCUGUUGUGGAGAACUUGAAACUUGUGGUGGAUCGACUACAACACGAGAAUGGUGUGCUCAAAUCCAAAAGUGUGAGCAUGUCAAAGCACAUGGAUCUCCUACGGGAGCUGCGAGAGCUUCGCGCAAGUGAGCGGCAGCUCCGCGAGCACACGGAAAAGCUGACGAGGCGCCUGAUGGGCUCUGCAGCAGGCGGUAGCGCCAUGUGCGAGCAGCAGGCUAGACUUCAGCGGCGUCUGCAGACGGCACAGGCCACAGCAGAACAGUACCGUUCCGAAGUAAUGGAGUUACAGCAGCGGCUGGACGAUCGCCAAGAGGGAGAGGGUGAUGAUAGCGGUACUCUGUUGCCUGGGCAAAGAGGUUACAGUGAUCCAUACUCUUCCAGGGACCGUCGAUCUGUGCAGCCGCUCGAUUUGUCCGCCGCCUCUGACUUGCCACCUCCACUUCCUACUCCGCCAGUCACUGAGGCCACGGGGGACUCAGCAGGCUAUUCUGUACACGCGUUUUCAGGCAAUUCCGCGUUGUUGCACCCUCAGCAAGAGCAGCAUCACACUGAUCAAUGA